GCGCGACGACAGGAAGUAAGAUCCUGGCCUGUGCAGCUCGGGGUUCAGAGCUUCUGCCUCAGACAUCUCCGCGAUCUCCUGUCCCCUCCAAUCCUAUCCGUGAUGGACGAUGCCCACAAGUCGCCCUCCGACAAAGGUGGAGAGACAGGGGAGUCGGAUGAGACGGCCGCUGCGCCCGGGGACCCGGGGGCUACCGACACCGAUGGAAUCCCAGAGGACACUGACGGAGACGCAGAUGCUGACUUGAAAGAAGCUGCAGCGGAGGAAGGCGAGCUCAAGAGUCAGGAUAUCUCAGAUUUAACAACAGUUGAAAGGGAAGACUCAUCAUUACUUACUCCUGCAGCCAAAAAACUGAAAAUAGAUACCAAAGAAAAGAAAGAGAAAAAGCAGAAAGUAGAUGAAGAUGAGAUUCAGAAGAUGCAGUGUUCCAGUUCACUCUGCCAGCAUGUAAUCCUGGUUUCUUCUUUUUCUGAGGAGCAGCUGAACCGUUAUGAAAUGUAUCGCCGCUCAGCUUUCCCUAAGGCAGCCAUCAAAAGGCUGAUCCAGUCCAUCACUGGCACCUCUGUGUCUCAGAAUGUUGUUAUUGCUAUGUCUGGUAUUUCCAAGGUUUUCGUCGGGGAGGUGGUAGAAGAAGCACUGGAUGUGUGUGAGAAGUGGGGAGAAAUGCCACCACUACAACCCAAACAUAUGAGGGAAGCCGUUAGAAGGUUAAAGUCAAAAGGACAGAUCCCUAACUCGAAGCACAAAAAAAUCAUCUUCUUCUAGACCAAAGUAUAGAAAGCCCUAUAUUACUGAAGGAAGAAGUAUUGGUUCCAGACUUCCUAUAAGACUGUCUGCAUUGGUGCUUUAGUAUCUCAGGCCUCCAAGGAUUCCAUGAUGAUUUUAAUGUCUUUCUCAAAACUCUAUUUGUCACACCUAGAGAGUAUGUAGCCUGAUUGAUACUUGCCUUGACUAAAUUUUGGGACCUCUUGGGGCAUUUUGAAGUAUUUAACUGUCUUGACCAGUUGGAAGAAGAUAUGUGGGCCGUAAGCAUCUUCUGGACAGGGGAACUGCUUUCAGAGAGAAAACCUUUCCAAGAGAGUUUUGUUUUGUUUUGGUUUUGAGAUAGGUUCUUGCUCUAUCACCUAGGCUGGAGUGCAGUGGCAGGACUGCAGCCUUGAACUCCUGGGCUUAAGUGACCCUCCCACCUCAGUCUCCUGAGUAGCUAGGACUACAGGCACACACUACUGUGCCCAGCUAACGUAUUUUUAUUUUUUAUGGAGAUGGGGUCUUGCUUUGUUGCCCAGGCUGGUCGUGAACUCCUGGCUUCAAGCAAUCCUCCUGCCUCAGCCUCCUAAAGUGCUGAGGGCUUUAAUGGUUUCACAUUGAAGCCUGAAGUUGCUAAGACUUAGGUUGUUUCUUACAUCUGGUUUUAAGUAGACGAAACAACCAGAAACUUUUACUUGUGAUACUCUAUCAUGAAGGAUGCGGUGAUGGCAGGAAUAGCAGAGUAAUUGGUGCUUGUAAGCAUUUAAGAUUCUCCUGUGGAUUUUGGUGAGUGAUCAUUAAACUGUUUUCCAACUUGC